UUCACUAUUGCCUUUCCUUCUGAUCCUUAGGUGAGUGUCUGGAGCUCUAUGAAUACAGGUUUGCUCAUGACAUGUUGCCUUGCAACUGUCCGCUGCAGUGCCAAGAGGAGUUAUACCAGUUGACAGUGUCUGGGUCACAGUGGCCAUCGACAGCCUUUAUUGAAAAAUUUUCUGAAGAUUUGAAAGAGAUGGGUGGUCAGAUGGGAGUCAUUGCAGAUAGUCCUCAGCAGAUACGGGAUAAUUUAGUAAAAGUGGUGGUGUACUAUCAACAACUAAAUUAUGAACAGAUUGAAGAGGAACCCUCUCUCACUGAGAUUGAUCUUAUUUCCAAUAUGGGAGGACUGAUUGGCCUCUGGGUGGGAUUUUCUGUCUGCACACUGGCAGAGUUCUUUGAGCUCUUUGUUGAUGUGAUGUUUUUCAUGGUCAGACAAUGUCUCAGUAAAGCCAGGAAAAGUGCUUCAGCGAGUGACAAUACCAAUCCAUAUUCAGGCAAGGGGAGUCCCAUUUUUAUUGGGCAGACGACUUCCAAACUCUAAUUAUUUUGCUGAGCUAAAUGUAUUCACUUUGAAGGAGUUCUGAGCAUGGGGAAUUAACUGAAGAUUGGUCAGGGUGAUGGUAGUAUAAUUUGUUUCCAUACCACAAAUGCUACCAAAAUUUCCUAUUAUUCAUAGAACUGAACAUUGUUAGUUAUGUGCUAAAUUCUGCUACAUUAAAAUUUUCUGUCUGUGUUAAAAAAGAAGGAACAUAAAAGCCUGCUGCAUACACUUUGUAUUUUCAUUUCACUGUGUUUCUUCUGUCUGUGCUCUGAACUCCA